UCCAUCUAUCUAUCUACGUCACCCAUCAGAAUGACAUCAGUCCAUCCCUAACACAUCACUUCAUACUCUCUCUACUGCUGACACAGGAAUCUUUUGAACUGGACAGCUGAGUCAACGUAAGGAAAGGAAGAUCCACAGUAACAGAGGAUUUUACCCAAACAAAAGACAGAUCAGUGACUCAAAAAGGCAUUACUUCAGAGAGCCUUCGACAAUAACCGAGAGAUCCCAGUACAGGCUAAUAAGAUGGGGAAUGCCAAGAGCAGUGCUAUUUCCAAGGAGAUCCUGGAGGACCUGAAGCUCAACACCAAGUUCACGGAGAACGAAUUGUGCCAGUGGUACGAGAACUUCCAGAAGCAGUGUCCCACUGGACGCAUCUCGCCAGAGGAGUUCGAGACGAUCUACGCGCGCUUCUUCCCCGAUAGCGAAGCCAAGACCUACGCUCAGCAUGUGUUCCGUUCAUUUGACACCAACGAGGACGGCACUCUGGACUUCAAGGAAUACAUCAUUGCACUGCACAUGACCUCCAGUGGGAAGACGACGAGGAAGCUGGAGUGGGCCUUCUCACUGUUCGACGUGGACAAGAACGGAUACAUCACCAAGACAGAAGUGGAAGUCAUCUGCCAGGCCAUCUUUAACCUAAUCCCCAAGGAAGAUCUGCCCAAGUUACCGGCUGACGAGAAUACACCAGAGAAGAGAGCCAACAAACUGUGGGGAUUCUUUGAGAAACCAGACAACGACCGAUUGGCAGAGGGAGAGUUCAUCAAGGGGGUGACCGAGAACGAAAACGCCAUGCGUCUCAUCCACUACGAACCCAUCGCUGACUAGUCAUCCCUUCUUCUUUACCUCUUUCUUCUUCACACACUAUUUCUUCCUCUCAUCCUCUAUCUUUGUCAUUGUAUUCUAGUGUUCUGUCUUUCUCUUCUGUGUAAAUACUCUUGUAUUGCGGUGUCUUAAUUGUCUUCACUGUACCUUCUGAGAAAGUAGGGGUUUAUGUUGGUUAAAGUAUAAAGUAUGAGUAUGUCUGUUAAAGUAAAAGUAUGUUAAAGUAUGUCUGUCUGUGCAUGUAUGUCUAUUGGAUUGAGUCUGUUUUGUGAAGGUAGAUGUGAUAAAUAUGAAGGUAGAUGUGAUAAAUAUGAAGGUAAAUGUGGUAAAUAUGAAGGUAGAUGUGAUAAAUAUGAAGGUAGAUGGCCACUAUUGUAGUUAGUGUUUGAUGCAAUAUAAACACGACAGAAAAAUUGAGGCACAAGUAUAUUUAUUUGUUUGUAUAUUGAUACAAUAUCCCUGCUAAAUUCUGUUUCCUAUCAGAUUGAAGUUACAAUAGCUGUUUGGUACUGCGAGAUGAUUGUGAAAAAGUUAUGACGGUCUAGUGUUUUGCAGUGUCCUGAAUAAUCAUGGACUUGAUCAUUUGGUAACCAUUGUUCAUUCUAUACAUUUCAUUAUUCUAAGAAGCUCUAAAUGGUGUUACUGUAGAAGGAAAACUUGAAGUGUGCAAAUGUGAUAAAUGAUAACAGUUCGGACACAGGUAUUUGGGAAAAGAAAUGGAAAAUCUGUAGAAUAACAAACCUUUUUCUCCAUUAGGAAUGGUCGGCAUGGUCGUGAUGGUGGCUUUUAGAUUUUAUCCUGCAAUUGUCUUAUUGUUUUAAUCAAAGAGUUAUACGCUGCAUAUGAUGGAUUAAAGCUUUUCUCAUAAA